AGCGGAAUCAUGGAUGUAUGAGCGGACUACACGUCAGUUCGAACGAGUAGUAACCAGGAAGUGGCUAGUAAGCUAGCAACGGAUAAUGAGCAGCUGAAACUCUAGUAUUUUGACAGCUUCAGAAGGGCAGGAUGGGAAGGCAGAGGAAGAGGGUGGUGACUGGUGAAGCUGCUCCCCUUCCGAGGAAAGAUGAGAAGCCCCCUGCAUUUCACCGUAAAGAGAAGAAAAAGAAAGUUGAUAUUGGCAAAGUCUUCAUCAACAUCUCCAUUGGACUUUGCAUAUUCAGCCUGAUAUGGUUCUUUUACGCCCUCUACAUGCGGUCCAGCCUGGCCAAACGGGUGGCGACCCUACACCCAUCACCUCCUGUCCUGGAUGCCAAUUGCAGCAGUGCCAAGGUCUCUCCAGAGAGGUUCUGGGGCUCUUACAGGCCUCAGGUCUACUUUGGCAUGAAAACCAGGAGUCCCAGGUCAAUUGUGACAGGUAUGAUGUGGAUGCGGCAGUUUUCCGACACCGAUGUAAACCUGAGGCACACUUGUGAGCAAGGGGAUGGUUUGCAAGGCUAUGGCUGGAUGAUGCAUGACGGGCUCACCUUUGGUGUCCAGGAAAUCCUAGAUAACGAUAUCACACUAACUACGGAGUUUGUCAAGAAGAUGGGAGGGGGUCACGGAGGAGACUGGACCUGGAGGAUCACUGCCAAACAGCAAAGCUCGGCCCCUCAAGCGCCUGUCAUCUCUCUGAUGUUUUACGCAGCAGCAGACACCCAGGGCUCACUGGAGGCUCACGUUGAGGAUAGAAACCGCCUCGCAUCUAUCACUGGUUUCUCAGAGGAGCUUGGAAACUUUAAGAUCACCUUCCGAAAACCAGUUACCGGGGAAUUAUCCAGUGCCAAAUAUGCAAGCUACAACUAUCUUCAAACUGUUUCUCCUGGCUUGGAGAAGCUGACUGACAUUGUGAAGCAAAGUCUGAACCGCAGGUUUGUCUACAGCCCUCCUUCUGGUGAGAAGAGGCAUUACAUAGCUAUAGACACCUACAAGCCCCCCCACCACCAAAACCAACAGAAACCCGCUGACACAAGGAAAGAGAUUGACUUUGUCGUUCACCAGGUGACCGUCCAGACGCCAUUCCAGAUCGAAGUUCUGUUUGAGUCUGGGAGCUUCCAUAGCCGUCCCAACCAACUAGUGGGCUCAAUCAUGACUCAGGAGCUGGAAAAGAGGAAAGCUGAGUUUGACUCUAAGUUUGAGAAGACCUUUGGGCUUGAGAGCAAAGGUUUUAGCCAGGCACACAUUAAGUUUGCCAAAGCGGCACUCAGCAACAUGUUGGGUGGAAUGGGCUACUUUUAUGGCCAGUCAGUGGUACAGUCGGUCUACAAUGAAUACCCGCUCCUGUACCCUGAAGGCGCUUUAUUCACUGCUGUACCAUCACGGUCUUUCUUUCCUAGAGGAUUCCUUUGGGAUGAGGGCUUUCACCAGCUGCUGCUGAGCAAAUGGGAUCCCCAGGUGACAAGGGAGGCUAUUGCCCACUGGAUAGACCUGAUGAAUAUGGAGGGCUGGAUUCCCCGUGAGCAGAUCCUGGGAGACGAGGCUCGCAGUAAAGUCCCAGCUGAGUUUGUAGUACAGCGUAACGAGAAUGCCAACCCACCUACUCUUUUCUUAGCUCUUCAGGAACUUAUUGAACAGCUCUCUUCAAAUCCAGAGAAGGCAGCAUCUCAACCGACCUUGCCUUUCCUCCGGCGGCUCUUCCCCAGACUGAAAACCUGGUUUGAAUGGUACAACACCACCCAGACAGGGCCCCUACCAAAUUCUUAUCGUUGGCGUGGACGUGACAAGGACACUAAUCUUUUCCUCAAUCCCAAGACCUUGACUUCUGGGCUGGAUGACUACCCUCGGGCCUCACACCCAUCAGCUGAUGAGCGCCAUGUGGAUUUACACUGCUGGAUGGCCUUGUCCUCAGGCAUCAUGGCAAGUAUAGCCCGCCUUCUAGGGGAGCCGCAUCAGGACUAUGAACUCUCCCACCAGGUGCUCAGUGACAACAACCUGCUAAAUGAGCUCCACUGGUCAGAUCAACUUCAUGCUUUUAGUGACUACGGCAACCACACCCAGGCAGUGUCCUUGCAGCAGGAGAAGGUGUAUGUGCCUCCCGGACAACCUCGUCAUCAGUUCCCUGUGGCACGCCUUGUGCGCUCAGUCCGCCGGGCCCCCAAGCUGCAGUAUGUUAAUGCUUUGGGUUAUGUUAGCUUGUUCCCUUUCUUACUGCACAUUCUUACAGCUGAUUCACCUAAACUAGAACAUAUCUUCAGUGACAUGAGAGACUCAAAUAAGCUGUGGACACCCUAUGGCCUACGUUCAAUCUCUAAGGCUGAUCCACUGUAUAUGAAGCGGAACACAGAACACGAUGCCCCCUACUGGAGGGGACCAAUAUGGAUUAACAUCAACUACUUGGCAGUCAGAGCCCUGCACCACUACAGCAACAUAGAAGGGCCAUACCAAGAGAAGGCAGCUGCUCUUUAUAAGGAACUCAGGACUAACCUCAUCAAUAAUGUUUAUAGACAGUAUGUUGAAACAGGGUAUAUCUGGGAACAGUACAAUGACAGCACUGGCAGGGGCCAAGGAAGCCAUCCCUUUACCGGCUGGUCAUCCUUGACCGUAUUAAUGAUGGCUGAACAGUACUGAUUCUAUAGAUUUCAUCGUUUUCUAAGAUAUUGGCCUUCAUUUAUCUGGAUGUGAUUGAAACAACAACAUGAUCAGGUGUUAAGAUAUAUUAAUAGGUCUUGUCUGGUUGAUUAAACUCAACAAACGGUAAUUACAAGAUCCAGCUGAAAAAUAGGCAUUCAUGAUCACAUUUCCACAUUUAACCUUGAAUUAAAAUACUAGGUUUCACACAAGUAUUCUUGGAAGGGCGAUUUCAAACAAGUGUAAGUGCAGCUACCCUGUCUUUGCUGUAUGUAAAGCCAUUAGUCUAGUCCUUCAGUUAAUAAUUAAGAUGCAUUUAGGAAACACUUGAUGAACUCAUUUCCUACAUGCAACUUCAUUGCGUCACACUGCAACGUUUUUAUAACGAAAAUCAAGACAGGAUUACUUUAUUUUUCGUUAAUAUGUAGAAAACCGCUUGUUCAUCUCUCUGAGGGAUUGUUCAUGCUUACACACUAUUUGUAUGAUGCUGUAAAGGAACAACUCUUAUCAGAUUUGUCACAAGUCUCUAUCUGGGAAAACAUGCGAGGGCCAUUAUUCUUUAUUGUGCCAUUUGUCUUUAAUCAUAAAGUAUGUCCUAAAUUCUCUGUCUUAA